GUCCCUGGCUCUUCCUCCUUCUCUCUGCGAGAGAGCAGCAGCGGUGUGGCUGCCAUUCUGCACAAUAUACAGCCCUGUAACCACUGGCCGGCCCUAUAGCACAGCAACUGCACUCAGUCACACACUCAGAACAGCACAGUCAUUGCACUCAGUGUCACACACUCAGCAGCACAGUCACUGCACUCAGUGUCACACACCCAUUGCACUCAGUCACACACUCAGAACAGCACAGUCAUUGCACUCAGUGUCACACAUUCAUUGCACUCAGACUUACAGACUCAGCAGCACAGUCACUGACCCCAGAGUCACACACCCAUUGCACUCAGACUUACAGACUCAGCAGCACAGUCACUGACCCCAGAGUCACACACCCAUUGCACUCAGACUUACAGACUCAGCAGCACAGUCACUGACCCCAGAGUCACACACCCAUUGCACUCAGACUCAGAACAGCACAGUCAUUGCACUCAGUGUCACACACUCAUCAGCACAGUCACUGCACUUAGUCACACACUCAUAGCACUUAGAGUCACACACUCAGGGCAGCAGAGUCACUGCACUCAGUGUCGCACACUCAGCCGCACAGUCACUGCACUCAGUGUCGCACACUCAGCAGCACAGUAACCUCAGGCAUGUAUUACUGCAAUGGUGACAACUGCAAUCAGACUGACAAUGCCAAGGACAAAGGACACCCCAGGAACCUGAUCCCAGAGCUGUGCAGACAGUUUUACAACUUAGGAUGGGUGACAGGGACCGGCGGCGGUGUCAGCAUUAAAUGCGGGGAGGAAAUUUACAUAGCCCCAUCUGGAGUCCAGAAAGAACGGAUUCAGCCGGACGAUCUGUUCAUCUGCGAUAUCGAUGAGAGAGACAUCAGCUGCCCCGCACCUUAUAAGAACCUGAAAAAGAGCCAGUGCACCCCAUUAUUUAUGAAUGCCUACACAAUGAGAGGAGCGGGUUCUGUCAUCCACACUCACUCCAAAUCCGCCGUUCUGGUCACUCUGCUCUUCCCAGGGAAGGAAUUCCGGAUCACACACCAAGAAAUGAUCAAAGGAAUUAAGAAGUGCAGUACUGGGGGAUAUUACAGAUACGAUGACAUGUUGGUGGUCCCUAUUGUAGAAAACACCCCAGAAGAGAAAGACCUGAAAGAUUCUAUGGCGAGGGCAAUGACUGAGUACCCGGACUCCUGCGCGGUGCUGGUCCGCCGCCAUGGAGUCUACGUCUGGGGAGACACGUGGGAGAAAGCAAAGACAAUGUGCGAGUGCUAUGAUUACCUCUUUGACAUUGCCGUGCAGAUGAAACAGCUCGGACUGGACCCAGCGUCUCUCCCCACUGAAGAAAAGGGAAUAGUUUAAUCUUCCCUGGAGCGAUGCGUCUUGUGCAGACACCGAUAGAACUUUAGCAAACCUGAGACAUUUACCAUCAUUGUGUGGCGUGAUCAGCACAUUCUCCUCAUUCAUCUCUCACUGUGAUGCCGCGGAUAGGCUCCAAUGUUGCAUAUGUUAGAACAGGUAGAAGCGUCAGUGAUUCUAGUCUUAUUUCCUGAAAUCUGGGCGGUCACUUUUUUAAUUUUUUAUAAACUAAAUAAGUAAGUGUCUGUUCUGUUGGUUACCUGGAAAUGCGACAUAGUGAUAUAAUGCUAUGAGGUUUUUGUUUUUUGUAACAGCUGUUGUUGAUGGAGAAGAGUCAUCGUUUAGCAGAAUGCGUUUACGCAGCCCCCAGGUUUUAAUAAAAUAACCUACCUCAACCUAUGGGGGCUACUCAUCUCUUGCUAAGAAUUUUAAUAUAGCAAUUUAAGGGGGAAGCAACUUUCACGUGACUUUAUUUCCAUCAACAGACCUUCUUGCAGCUUUUACUAAAUUAUAGCUUUCGGGUUCUUUCUGUGCUUUUCAGCCAUAUAUUUAUAUCAUCAUGCAGCCUUCUUUUCUUUGUAUUUAAGUGUGAGAAUGCAAUGGAUACAAUUGUAUCCUGAAAACUUUUCUUUGCUGUUUCUAAGGGCAAAAGAAUUAUGCAACACUCUGGUAAAGAAAAGUCUGUUAAGCACAGAAGGCAGCCACAAUUGUGAUGCAUUGUAUCUAAUAGACUGUACAGGACGUUCGUGUCCUAAGGUGGAAUAUUCCUGCAAGGCUGUAUAAUGUGUGAGCGUUAUCUACAGUAGAUAAUGCGGGGAUAUGUUAAGUGUGCUGUGAUGCCAUCAGUGAUGUAAUUUCUAUAUGAGCAGGAAUUAUACACGCCUUACAAUAAUGCAUGUAUGCGAUCAGUGAGUAGUGAUGUCAUCAGUGAUGUCAUUUCAAUGUGAGCAGGAAUUAUACACGCCUUACAGUAAUGCAUGUAUACGAUCAGUGAGUAGUGAUGUAAUUUCUAUUUGAAAAGGAAUUACACACGCCUUACAGUAGAAAAUGGGUGUUAUUCAGAGAUGGAUGCAGAUCUUGCUUCCGCAUGUGUGUUGCGCCGCCUCCCGAUGUGUCCGCAACUUAAUUGCGAACACAUCAAUGAGAGGACGACCCCUGCCCGGCAGGCAGUUCGGCGCCAUUUUUUCUCGGAGCGGAUGCCCACGACGGCCAGUGCGCAGACCCGAUGAGUGCGGCCGCUGUAUGCAAACGCAGCGGUUGCAUACAUCUCUGAUUAAGGCCUAGUGUGUGUGUAUGAUCAGUGAGUAGUGAUGUCAUAACUUAUAUAUGAGAAGGGAUUACGCACGCCCUACUGUAGGUGACAUAAGUCCCAGUGACGUCCCAUUGUCAUCUUUGUACAUUUAUGUGAGCAGCGACUUCUGUUAUCUUUGUAAUACAUUGUUUGUAUUUUUUAUGCUCCAUCCGGUGUGUUUAUAAAGCCUCGUUAGUUCCAUGUGAUUGUUCGUGUGCAAACAAAGCCGUGAAAAUGAGGUUUUAAUAUUUCUGCAUUUGGAAUACGCUAGUACAGUAAGGUGCAGUGACUCCGCGUCCAGCAUGAACUAUGAUUUCCUAAAACCAAUAUAAUGAUUAUAUAGAACGGAGCAAUUACCACCAGCCUGGUGUCCGCCUUUCCACCCCAAGAAUUGAAGCACAUCAUAAAGGUAAAAAUAGAUCUGUGUCUGGGUAUAUAUCUCUCCCAAAUUCUUCUCUGGGUUUAUCGUUGGUGUUAACACUGUAGCAGCCUGACAUGUAAGCGCUGUAUGUGCAUGAUGGUUUGUAAGAUAACACAAUGUCCUGAACUGUGCGUUCACAGUCUAAUAAACCAUUUGUGAUGUUCUGGUAA